UAUAAAUAUCUGUGUUGGAACCUUAGGAACUUCAGAGCAAAAACACACCAGAAGGAGAGGAAGAAGAGCAUUUGCAUAUUCUUCGAAAGAAAAAAUGGGUGCAGGUGGGCGUAUGUCUGCUCCCUCUAGUGUCAAAAAAACUGAAACAGAGGCACUUCGACGUGCUCCUCAUGAGAAACCUCCUUUCACCAUUGGUGACCUCAAGAAAGCCAUUCCUGCCCAUUGCUUUGAAAAAUCUUUAGUCACUUCUUUUCGAUAUCUCAUUCAGGAUCUUCUGAUGGCCUAUGCCCUCUACUAUGUCGCUACUAAUUACAUCGACCAAUAUCUUCCUUAUCCAAUCAACUACUUGGGUUGGGCAGCUUAUAUUGCUGUUCAAGGCUGUGUGUUAACAGGGGCCUGGGUUGUGGGUCAUGAAUGUGAUCAUGAUGCAUUCAGCAAUUAUAAUUGGAUUAAUGAUCUCGUUGGCCUUGUUGUCCAUUCUUCUCUCUUGGUGCCAUACUUCUCUUGGAAAAUUAGUCACCGUCGUCACCAUGCCAAUACUCAAUCCCUUGAAAAUGAUGAGGUGUAUGUCCCUAGAUUCAAGUCCAACAUCCGGAACUACUACAAAAUUCUCAACAAUCCACCAGGCCGUGUCCUCGUCUGGCUUAUCACACUCCUCAUAGGCUUCCCAAUAUACUUGAUGUUCAAUGUUUCGGGACACAAGUAUGAGAGGUGGACUUCACACUAUGAUCCCCAUAGCCCUCUUUACACAGAACGUGAGCGCAAGCAGAUCAUUGUGUCUGAUCUUGCCAUUCUUGCUGUUAUCUAUGGGCUGUACAAUCUAGUAUUAGCCAAAGGAUUUGUCUGGGUUUUCUGUGUUUAUGGAGGUCCGUUGCUCGUUGUCAACGGAUGGUUCACAUUGAUCACCAUCCUCAACCACACUCAUCCCUCUGUGCCUUACUAUGAUUCAACCGAAUGGGAUUGGUUGAGGGGAGCUCUCUGCACUGUGGACAGAGAUUAUGGAAUUUUGAACAAGGUAUUCCACAAUGUGUGCAAUGCUCAUGUGUGUCACCACAUAUUCUCCAUGAUCCCACAUUACCACGGACUCGAAGCCACAGAGGCCAUGAAGCCUGUAUUGGGUGAUUAUUAUCAGUAUGAUGGAACUCCGAUUCUCAAGGCAAUGUACAGAGAAAUGAAGGAAUGCAUUUACGUGGAGAAAGAUGAAGGCGAGACCAAAGGAGUCUACUGGUACAAAAAGGAUAUUUAGUUUUAAGUGCUUGGUAUUACAAGAAUCUUAUUCUUUCACUUGUCUUCGCAUUGCCUUCCAUUGAUCCUGCCAACUUUAGAUCGUUAGGGUCAAAUGUGUUACAAUUACAUAAAGAGUUAUAUAUAACCUUUCAUCUGUUCAA